CAUUCCGGCUUUUCCGAGAAUCCAGGCAAACAGCUGUUGCUGACGAGGUAGCGGGCAGUUGGGUCUUUAAAUCAUCCAGAGUUCGAGUACCAGCUGGGCAGCAUGCGUGAAAUAGUGCACUUUCAGAUUGGCCAAUGUGGUAACCAAAUAGGGGGCAAGUUCUGGGAGGUGAUUAGUCAAGAGCAUGGAAUCAACUCCAAAGGCAGUUAUGAAGGAGAUUCAGACCUCCAACUUGAAAGAGUCAAUGUGUACUUCAACGAAGCACAUGGUAACAAGUAUGUGCCGAGGGCAAUAUUGGUGGACUUGGAGCCUGGAACAAUGGAUAGUGUCCGGUGUGGCUACAUCGGUCAGCUCUUCAGACCAGAUAACUUCAUCUAUGGAAACUCAGGGGCUGGCAACAACUGGGCCAAAGGCCAUUACACAGAAGGUGCCGAGCUGGUGGAAAACGUGCUGGACGUCAUGAGGCAUGAGUGUGAGAGCUGUGACUGCCUCCAAGGCUUCCAGCUUAUACACUCACUGGGAGGAGGCACUGGCUCAGGCUUGGGCACUCUCAUCAUGAGCAAAAUCAGAGAGGAAUACCCCGAUAGAAUCAUGAACAGCUUCAGCGUGAUGCCUUCACCGAAGGUCUCCGACACUGUGGUUGAACCGUACAAUGCCACCUUGUCCAUCCAUCAGCUGAUAGAGAAUACUGAUGCAACCUUCUGCAUCGACAAUGAGGCUUUGUACGACAUUUGUUUCCGGACCUUGAAGCUGCCCACACCAACCUACGGUGACUUGAACCAUUUGGUCUCCAUGACGAUGAGCGGUGUCACCACCUCACUGCGUUUCCCGGGUCAACUCAAUGCAGACCUGAGGAAGUUGGCAGUCAAUAUGAUUCCUUUUCCUCGUCUGCACUUCUUCAUGCCUGGUUUUGCCCCACUGACGUCUCGUGGGAGCCAAGGCUACCGCUCGCUGAGCGUUCCAGAGCUCACUCAGCAGAUGUUCGACGCCAGAAACAUGAUGGCAGCCUGUGAUCCGCGUCGCGGAAGGUACCUGACUGUGGCAGGAAUCUUCAGAGGCAAGAUGUCCACCAAGGAGGUGGAUGAUCAGAUGUUAGCUUUCCAAACCAAGAACAGCAAUCAUUUUGUGGAGUGGAUCCCCAAUAAUGUCAAGGUGGCUGUGUGUGACAUUCCACCAAAGGGACUCAAAAUGUCUUCCACUUUCAUAGGGAAUAACACUGCUAUCCAGGAGCUCUUCAGGCGCAUUAGUGAGCAGUUCUCCGUCAUGUUUAGAAGGAAGGCUUUUCUCCACUGGUACUUAGGAGAAGGUAUGGAUGAGAUGGAGUUCACAGAAGCCGAAUGCAACAUGAAUGAUUUGGUGUCUGAGUACCAACAGUACCAGGAUGCUACAGUUGAGACAGAAGAUGCGGGAUAUGAAGAGGAAGAAGCCAACUCUGCACAAGUUUGAGUAAUUAGGAGAACUGUGUACCUCACCAAAGGAAUAAUGAAUGUAACAGCAAAAGUGAAGCAAACAUCUAAGGCAACAAUGAUCUUAUUCUAAUUGGACAUACUAGAAAUGUACCUGGAAACUGAAAUCACCACUAAACCUAUACCUUCACAGAGAUUCAUAAUUUUAUAUUCUACCUAUGUAUCAUUAGGAACCACAUUUACGAAGCAUUGCUUGGAAAUAGUAGAUGUUUAUGUACUGAACACAAACAUAGGCGACCGUCAUAAAUUAGUGAGGAAAAAUAAAACAUGUCGUAUGUAAGCUCCCACUAGGGGAUUAUUCUUAGAAUAUUUUAAAUAAUCUGUGUUGUCAAAGGUGGAGGAAUGGAGGGAUGCAUUACAUGAUAAUAUUGCAUUUUUAAAAAAUGCAGUGAUAUAUGUUCACAAUAAGAGCUUGUGCCUCCAGCAGUGUGAAUUAGACAUUAGAAUGGCUGUGCAACAUAUAUUUUUGAAAGAAAAAAAUUAAUUUCUGAACUGAACCAAAGUGGAAACCAAAUUUGCUUCAGUGAUUAUCCAUUUUUUAAAAUAAUUUAAAUGUUUUAAUUGGCAAAUAUUAAAGCUUAUCCGACAGAAUCUGAUCAUACUUGAAACGUUGCACAACCUAGACUCCCACACAUCACUUCUCACACUUUCUUGUGAUGCUUUAAAAUAGAGAAGAAAAGCGAAAAUAAUUUUUUUUUAAAAAACUGCAGUUGAUGCAAGCACCCAGUUGGUCUGGCAGUAUCCUUGGAAUAAGAAACAGUUAACAUUCAGAUCCUAAAGACAAUGUCAAAUGCUCUUAGACCCAAAUGUCAACUGUUUUUCUCCACUGAUGUCUGCUGACUUGCUGAGCAUUUCCAGCAUCUUCUGCUUUAUUUUUCCAGACCUUUACCUAGAAUCUGAAAUCUACUCAACUUACCACUUGAACUAACUACUCGCAAAGGCCCAGAGCAGCAACACACUUCACAGUCAAAAGUAGGUUCAGAGGUAACCUGACAAAAAUGUGCCAUAUUAUGUGACACUUACUAUUUUGUAAGACCAUUUUAUUACAUCUGACAAAAAUGCUUCAUUUGGUUACUGAGCACUCUGGAGAGUAACCAAAAUUUGUCUUGUUUUUUAAAUGGCUUUGCUUGCAAUAUUUUAUCCAACCAGACUACUGUAUUUAUACGUAGUCACAGUGAUGCGGAUAGUAUGAUGGUGUCAUAACAGGAAUAAUUGUUGGUAUGAGGGAUGACGAUAGCAGUGCAAAUCUUGUUGGGAGUGGUACUCUUGUCAAAUGAAAAUUAAUUCAAACACUUCCAAUCAACUGCAAGGAUCACAGAGUCUUCAGUCAGAUGAAAAUGUAAAUCACUUUUCCCCUCAGCCAUCUCCACACUGCUCCAACUAAGUCCAACAAACUUGGCAGACAUCAACUCAUCUUCCUUCUGGCAAAUUGCAGUCCUCAGGACUUAAUGCAAAAAUUAAUAAUUUAAGAUAACUUCAUUUAUAUUUUUUCUAUCCAGUUAUAACUGUAUCUUACAUUUUCAACUUAUACCUAUUUUACUCGUUUCCAACUAUCAGCUUUUAAAAUAAUUAUGACCUUCACAACUUUGGUCUGCAUUCCAUCGUGGAUAUUGCCUUUGUCUUCUCCACAAUUUAAAAAGCAUACUUGCUUUCUCAUUUAUUCAGUUUGGACAAAAGACUUUUAAUCUGAAAGGCUGACUUUAUUUCUCUCCCUUGGGAUGGUACCCAGUCUGAUAAGCAUUUGCAAUAUUUUGUUUAGAUUCCCAGUAGUUCUUAUUUUGCUCAAAUUACAGACAGACAUACUUUAUUGAUCCCAAGGGAAAUUGAGUUUUGUUACAGUCACACCAACCAAAAAUAGUGUAGAAAUAUAGCAAUAUAAAACCAUAAAUAAUUAAAUAAUAAGUAAAUUAUGCCAAGUGGAAAUAAGUCCAGGACCAGCCUAUUGGCUCAGGGUGUCUGACACUCCGAGGGAGUUGUAAAGUUUGAUGGCCACAGGCAGGAAUGACUUCCUAUGACGCUCAGUGUUGCAUCUCAGUGGAAUGAGUCUCUGGCUGAACGUACUCCUGUGCCUAACCAGUACAUUAUGGAGUGGAUGGGAGACAUUGUCCAAGACGGCAUGCAACUUGGACAGCAUCCUUUUUUCAGACACCACUGUCAGAGAGUCCAGUUAGAUUCCUUAAUGUAUAAAUAUUAAACAUGAAAAACAGUUGUGCAGAGCCAGUCUAUACACAUCUGCAAAGAGGCAGUCUCACUUUCUUAAUGGUAAUUUAUAAAAUUUAGGAAAAUAAUAAAAGAAUUCUUGUUAGAAUUCCUUGCAUUAUAGAAUCUCCCACUGAUUUCAUCGAAGCAGAUGACAAGUGUCCGGGAACAUUAUCAUCUCAGUUCCCCUCAUGCUUGCAUCCUUGCAAUGGGCAUACAUUGCAAUCCUUCAUUUUCACUACACUUCACCUUGGAACUCCCUAAAUGACAGCUGCACCCAGUCUCCAUUGAUUCAAAAAAUCCCACAAAAGCCUUAUGGGCAAUCAGUCGCUGCCUUGUUAGCAACAUCCAUGUACAGACUGACUGGAAUAAAUAUAUUUUUAAAAUUAUUAUCAAAAAACAAAAAUGUAAAAUAAUUUUGCCUUCUUAUAAUAAAAGAUGCAGGAGAAACCCAGACUCUGACAUUAUUGGUCUAUGUAGACUUCAUAAAUCUGGGGUAUGACAGAGUAAAUGUUUAAUCACUCCCAAGUAGUUCUUGCACUCUCUGGCUGGAAAUUAGUGUCAAUAGACUUUGAAAAUUUGGUCUCAGUUUUCUUCACCUCAACACAAAAAGUCUUGUACACUCAAGUUCCAAAUGCCAUUCACAGCACUCCUAUCCCACUGCUUUCAUUAACAAUUCAAACAUUUUCAGCAUUUUAUAUUUUGGCAGAAAAUAAUUGCUUAAUUUUAGCAAAUGCCUUCAAGGGAAAACAGCAAGCACAUGGCAAAUGGACAGAUGGUGUAUAGACAGUACUGUCGAAUGUACAGAGUUCAUUUAAAGCACUGACAUAUUUGCUUUGGUUGGUUUGUGCUGUAAAUUCUGUGCCUAACUUCCAUGCUGUAAGUGUGCUUAAUUCAGCUUUAUGCCAUUGCAAUGUUACAAUGGAGUUUUGUUUAUUUUUAAACAUGAAUAUCAAUAAAUGAGCAUCUGUAAUCUUUGUUGUAAAGUAUGUAAAGCAACCAAAGGUUGGACUAUAUAAUAAUGAAGCAUAUAUUCUAUCAGUUGUUCACUGAUAAGACUGGUGUUUGUGUUCAUGAGCUAAUAACGCAACACCCAUGGACAAAGGAACCAGGUUAAGCACAAAUUCAAAUCCAGGGCGAACCAGGCUUGUGAAAUGCUGUUUUUAAUUUACCUCUGUCCCCAACAAGGUCUGGUCGCCUGAAAUUCAAUGCAAUUGACAUUUAACCGAUCACAAAAGCAAACUAGCAAGGCAUUUAAUUCUAAUUAAAUUAGAAUUUCAGAUGUUCAUCACUGACUUUAAAGUGAACAGGAGGUCGUCAUUUGGCCUCUUUCAUGCUCACUAUUCAGUAAGAUCACAACUUUUCUGCACCACAUUCUGUAAUGUCCUUAAUAUCCCAAACUCUAGCAAUCUCAACAGUCCCUUUGGUCUGCAUUCAAAGAAUCCCCCUCACCUGUUCUAACUGGCUGACCCCUUUGAGACCAAUUCCUAGUUUUCCCUGGCUGUGAUAUCUUGACCACCGCCAAUGCAUCAACCCAGCAAAGAUAUACCUCACAGGACAAUCUCUCCCAUCCCAAGUGUUCAUCUCUCUUUCACAAGCAUUUUGCCAUAGAUCAGGAAACUACAUGUGCACAAUACUCUAGAUGUAGUCUCACUUGAGCACGACUUCUCUACUCAUUAAAAUCCUCUUGGAAAGGAAUAAGCUUUGGUAGCAACAUAAGUUGUGAUCACCAAAAAAGGUCAACUCCGUACAAGCUGACCUUUAAGAACAUAUCAUCAUGAAUGUCAAAUGUGCAAUAUCAAAGCUCUUCAUCAAGGUCAACAGAUGGCCUUUUAAACAUAAAGAGACCCACUCCAAGAAGCAAACUAUAUGCCGGGACAAUGUUCAUCAACUGUGGCUGGAAAAACAUGCUACCUUUUCAAGUAAGCUCUAGAAAGGUUAAGCAACGAAAGGAAUAAUACAAGUUAUUUACUGAGAAGCCCACCCCUCUCAUCCAUUAAAGUUAAUUUCAGUUUUUUAAAAAAAGUUAUUCCUCUAGGAUCAACUACGCUUAGGGUUGGUAAGGACUAGUAAUCUUGUAAUUGAAAGACACUUGUGAGUUUUUAAAUGAAUGAAUGACAUAGAUCUACUUCAAAAUUCAAGUUCAAGUUGUC